AUGUCAAGGGGCAUACCUGCUGCCCCCCAGUCUAGGGCCCUGACUCUCACCGAGGAACUGGAGAAAUUGGAACAAUCCAUAACUCUCACCCUGCAAGAAAUUGAUCAUAACUUUAGUCGUGCGCAUCGAAUCGUCACAUCGAGCAUCCUGCCUAUUGUCGAACAAUAUACUGCUCACUCCAAAGAUGUCUGGGAGGGAUCAAAGUUCUGGAAACAAUUCUUUGAGUCGAGCGCCAAUGUGUCUCUAUCGGGUUACGAGGAACCACCUUCCCAGUACGAUAGUGUCGAUCUAACAACUACCGAGGACUCGAAUGUUACAACCCACACAACUUUGGAGACCUCGGAAUCUUAUGAGACACCCUCAGCCCAACAUAUUUCGACUGACUCAAUACAAGAUAUUGAUCUGUCUAACUUGAGCAUAUCGCCAUCGCACAGCACCCCCAGACCAACAGCGAAGUCGAAAACCCAACACGCUGCGUUUGCUGACUACCCAUCUCCUUACGAAACCUUACGCCAGGAAAUCAACAACACCACUAUCGAUGCGACUUCUCUAUCGCAAGCCACCGCACCAGAGACACCAGGCAAACCCACGUUUACGAUGAACGAUAUUGCCGGUACUCCCCAAUUCUCUCCAUAUCUUCUACCCCCGACUUCUAUACCAAGGCCCACAACCGCACGAAAACAAACCGACCCUCUGAUGCAUCGAAUACUGGAUCGCAACUACAGAGUACAAGCGACGCCUCUAACUGCCACGCGCUUUGCAAAUAUUCAUUCCAAAAGCGCCGCCACUCCUGCAACCACAAGAUGUGGUCAGAAUGCUAACUUUGAUUCCACUUUGUCUUCAAGCCCUGAGGUUGCGCCCCCUGAGCUCCACCCUGAGAUAUUCACCUCCCCCGAGCGCAAACAGCGUACACCGGGGGUUAGUGUCCUUACCCCGUCUCGUGCAAAGCCGCUUGCAUCAACAGCACCAACACGUACGCCGGGAGUAUGGGAUAGCGACGAGGAUGAUCUCGAUGAUGACUUGGAUUUUGCUCAGAGCCCGCCCAAGACUAUGCAAUUCCAUGUCCCACAGAACCGUCUCCUUAAGACACCAGCCAAGGAAGCCUCGAAACGAAUUGUGGACGACAUUUUGACAACAGCAGGUCUAGACUAUGAUGAUGAUGAAGAGAUUGACUUCUCUCAAGAGUUGGAGACCCGGGAAUUUGACAUUGAUGAGAAUAGUCCCAGUGUUGUGCGCAAGGCUACUAACAUCGAGGAUGAGACCUUUUAA